AUGGACGAGACAGAUCCGGCAAAUGUGCCGGAUAUGUCCCUCCUUCCGGAUACUGUUCCAGUGGUUGUAUCCGGAGACGGAUCUGCCGCUGGCAUUCAGCUAUGCCCUGCACUGAUCCUUGGAAGCCCCCAAGCUCUUCCAGGAGCCACCAAACAUAUUUAUAGCCGACUAGCUGCUGCUGCAUCAGAGGUAGAUCAAGGUGUCCCGGAUAUUAUUAUUUCUCUAAUCUCCCAUGGCAAUUCGCUGUCUACAAAGUAUAUGUCACAAGUGGAAAAUGGCCUGAAAUCCUUUUUAAUCGGUUGUGGAACAUGGAUAAUAUCAUCUGGAGAAGUGAAUGAUCCCCUAUCGAGAGUGGCCAGUGGAGCAUUGAAAAAUGUUUUGCCUCAAUUGGAGCAUCAGGCAGAAGUACUCCACAUCCUUGUCAAUUCAGAUGAAGUCAUGGCUUCAGGGUCAGCUACUUCUAAAAGUGUAGUUGAUACAUCUCUCAACACUUUACUUCUGAUUUGUCGAAAAGAAGCUAAUGAUUCUCUGGAAGCUACAGCGGAGUCAAUAGCCAAGUUGCGAGCUGCGGCUGCUGUAAAACUUGCUCAUCCCCCUCCAGCUCUUCUAAUCGGAGUCCCAUCCGAACCAAUGAGUCCAUCGACAUACGGAAAUUCGGCGGCGAUUCUCUUAUCUCCUUCAAAUGAUAAGCGACCGUUUCCGGUGGCCGUUUUUGCUGGAGCUUCCAAGGAAUCCCUUACCGAGCUGUUGUUUUUUGUGGAACAUGGAAUUCCAGUAGUCAUUCUUCAAGACAGCUGUGAACUUUGUGCAAUUCUUCAUUCCAGCCAUUUGCUUCUAGAAACUUCUAGCUUCGACAAUGACAAAUUUGUCAGUUGGCUCCGCUCCCAACUCUACCCGCUUGGCCUUGCUGAUUGCUACACUUUGAUUACAAAACUUCUAACGUCAUCAAACUCUGGAGACGUUCAACUUAUCGAAUUCAUCGACUCUUCUCAACUACCAGAGCUUUCUUCUGUGGUAGUGGAUCGAUGUUUGGAGUGUUAUGCAACUACUGGAGAAGAGAGACAAGUCCUUCUGUUAGCAGCCAAACUGAAUUCUCCAUCAGUUUUAUCUUCAAUGGAUGUGGCCGCUCAACUUGACGAGGAACUGCUGACUAUGAUUCUUUGUGAAUGCAUCACUAAGGACGAUCAGCUCAAUUUCCUAUCAUCUGUUCUUCAGCUGAAUCCUCCAAUUCGUGUCACCUCAAAUAUGUUAAUCCGAAUGAUGCACCAUGCCGAUGAGCACUUUUUCACAACUAUCGUUCUCUGUCAAUCCAUGGGGUAUUCUUAUAUCCCAUCGGAAAUCGAUCCCCGAUUUGCUAAUGAUAUCCAGAAAUUGGUAAAGAAGUUAUCAUUUGGAGUUGACAAUCUAUUCGAUCCUAAUGUCUUCUGCAAUGAUUCUUCACAUCGGGAUAAACACGAAUCCAUUCGAAUUCUUGCAAUUUGGAGUCUUCUAUUGCAUCGACCUGGAAUUGUAAAGUGUUUGGCGGCAUUUGCAGAUGAACCCGUCGCGUUUUCUAUGGUAUUGUCAAGAAUUUCAAGAUCUUUAGCUCAUGAGAGUCACGAUUGGCACUUUUAUGAAAAAUCGCUGAACGAGCUGUCGGAUACACUCUCUGCGUCAGCCACAAAACUGUUUGAUACGGUUUUCUCCUCCUCCCCUGCAAAAGCCUAUCAACUUCUUUGCCAGCCAAUGGAACACUUUUAUGGAUUCAAUAUGACUCAAUUGGCAUUCCAUGCAAGUUCACUGUUCUCAUACUUUUUUAAAAAUCAGUUUUUCCAGUGCAACGCCCGAGAAAUCAUUGCUCACGAGUGCUGUCAACGAUGGGUUCAUCGCAAACUCUACGGGAACCUUCAAGCCAAAUGUUUCCCAUUUUUUAUCCCAAAAUGGGCCAAAAUUUGCAUAUCUGCUAUACUGAUAAUUCCUGUUAAGUUUUGGAUGUUGGUUCGUCCAAAAGAUCGGAAUAAGGAAAGUACAGUAUCGCCUACUGUAGCUUUGUUGGAUGUUGGAAAGUUUCCACAAAAGCAGAGAGCUAUUUCCACUUACAGUGUAAUUUCUUCUCGAAGUGAGGCUCUAACAGCUCUGACUGCUCCUCUUUCGACAGCUUUUGGCUUGAAUUCUGCUCUUGGAGGUGCUGAAUCUGCAACACCUCAAUCCAUGGUGUUCCCACUCAAUAUUGAAGAAAUCGACAAGGAUUCUCGACCAUUUGGGAAGAAGAACCGCAUCCGUCGUGCACAUGCUCCAAGCCUUUCCACUUUUUACUCAACUCCAAUUGUCAAAUAUUGGCUUUCACUGUUAUUCAGAAUAGUCUACAUUUGCCUGCUAGCUUAUUCGGUAGUCCUUCCGGGAUGUGGAUCCAACAUUUGGGAUACUGGAAUGUGGAUGUGGUCUCUAUUUUUAUGGCUCGAAAAUUGCUGGGUUUUAGGUGCGAGAGCCCGGAAAAUUCCGUUGUCGCUAAUGCCUUGGAGGGUUUUCGAUGUUUUUACACUUUUGGUUUUUCUGAUUCUUUUGCUGGUCAUGAAAGUGUUUCCAGCCGAAGCGUUGUUGGACUUGUUGGGAAUCUCCUCAAUCUAUUCUGCCAAAGUUGUCUCCGCCUUCUUCGUUCUCUACAUCUCCUACUCCACUCUCUUCACGUAUAUCCCCCUCUCCGACAUUUUCGGUCCAAUGAUCGUUCGUGUCAAAUUAAUGCUUCUUCGAGAUUUCACCAACUUCCUCUUCAUGAUUGCUCUUGUCAUGUUGAGCAGUGCAGUUGCAAUCCAAGCAGUAGUGUUCCCAGAUCGUCCCGUGACAAUUGAAGUUCUUCGAAAAACAAUGUCAUGGAUUUGGCUCAGUUUAUUCACCACCGAUCUUUCCAGUAAGCUUCCAGUAUUUCAAUGCAAAUCCAAUCUAAAAAUUUCAGAUCUCUCUGAAUCGGAGACUUGUCGAAAAUCUUUCUUGGGAGCACCAAAACAAUACUGUAACUUAGUGGGUCAAUAUGCCAAUAAUGCUUGUCCCGCCCAAUCCCUCCCAGCCUAUCUGAUUAUCAUUGAGUAUUUUGUGAUUCUCAAACUACUUCUAUGGCCAAUUCUCUUCGCAUUUUUCUCCAAAACUGCGAAGAACGUUGAUGAUGAAGCGGAUAAAAUUUGGAGAUUCCAGUUGUAUUCCUUGGCUGAAGAUUUUAGGCUCCGCCCACCCCUUCCACCUCCUUUUACUCUUCUUUGUAUCCUUUGCUCAGCGUGUUGCACAUUCACGAAUACCAUCAACGCAUUCUUUUCGGAAUGUGAUCAUCCGGAUUUUGAAUCCAGAGACAAGAAUCGAACGAUUUGGAGAUUCGGAUCAAUCUACCGUAAUCCCUCUGUACCAUUCAAAAAGAACGAGUUUGUCAACUCAUUUUGGAGGAAAUUAUCAAUGGAACAAUGGAAAAAUACGGAACAGAAACAGAAAACUACAACGAACAAGACUGAACUGCAAGAACUUCAUAACAUUCAUGUAAGAGUUCUAGUUCUACAGUAUUCUCAACUUUCAAUUUUUCAGAAUCACAUUCGAAUGAUGACGUUACGAGAUUCAUACGAAAAAUCGGGUUCUCGGAAGGCUUCUGAAUUACAGUUUUUCGAAAAGUAUCCAGAAAGUUCGAUUAUGAAAAUUAGUGUGAAUUUGAUUUCAAAGCCAUGGGCGGUUCUUGUGCCAAGAUACAAUCCACCGUUCUAUUGUAAGCCUGCAGAGGAGUUUUAUGCUGAUGUUCAGAAAUAUGUGGAUAUUGCAACAGAACAGAAUGUCGGAGAAUUAAAAAGAAUCUGGAGAAGUCGCCAAGCAAACGAUGUCACCAGUAAUAGCGAAAAGUGCUGGAAACUGAGUGCCGCUGGUUUUCCAUUGAAUCCGAAUGGAAGAACUGGAAUGGCUGGAAGAGGAAACCAUCCAAGAUUCGGAGCUAAUCGACGAUGCUAUUAUAUUGUUCUGAGUGGUGGUGUGGAAGCACAAUGUCAAGUUUUAGUCGAUAGUAAGAAGAAUAUUCCCAACGAAUGGCAUUUGGAGAACUCAUCGAAGGAUGAACACUUGACUUCGAUUCUGAAAAUGAUUGGAGUUUCUGAUUCAGAUGCCCAUGUAUGUAUUGAUUUUUCUCUUUUAGUUCUAUCAUUUAUUUUCCAGAUGUUCUCAAUGCGCCGUCUUGAUAGCUCAAUUGUCACCGCUGACAAACGAAUCCCAUCCAAUGACACAAGCCCCGCCCAUUUGGCAUCUGAAGUUGCUGAAAACGAAAACGACACGGACAACGCCUGGACUGAGCAUGAUGUGUGGGCGAUUUCGCUUCGGGAGCGGAGAAUUCUGACUACGAUAAUUGGAUACUCGUGGCUUCCAACAUCGGCGAUUCGUGGAACGAUUCUUCCAUGGCAAGCGGAUCUGGUAUUCAGAGCAAAGACAAUUUACGGGUUGUAA